AUGGCGUCUGAAUUUAUCGGCUACGAUGUGCUGGUGACUCUGCGAACGCCACCAAAUGCAACUGUGCAAGGAGAAGUGGCCAAUGUCAUCGGCCAGCGUCUAAUUCUACGGAAUGUCAAGCUAUCGUGGAUCGGUCACCCACUUCCGUCCUACUCCGUCGACGCUCCGGAUAUUGCGGACCUCUCAAUAGCACCAUCAGGCCAGCCCACUGCCCAGCAGCCCCCUGUCCCCCUUGCUCCCUUUUCUCACAAGGAGGCAGUGGGUGCUACUUUUGCGCCACCCGCGCCAUCAGCGCCACAGCCUUUCGUGGACCCAGCGAUUCUGAGUUUCUCGAAACCUCCCUCGAAACCAGUCGACCAGAGCCCAGAGGCAGCGGCACCUUCGAGCUCCCAACAUCCUCAGCUAUCGCAGCAAGUCGUCCGUGAUCAGGCUGCUGUUCUUAAUGAACCAUUCAGCAACCUUGAGCUAGAUGUGAACAAGGCCCCACCCGAGAGCGGAAUCGCGACACAAACUGCACCCCCUUUGCAACAGAGCUUACACUACGGACCCAAGACCAAUCGUCGCGGUGGUGCGCCUAAGGUCUCCAAAGUUGUCAACGAACACGAUGGAGCAGCCAAUACAAACCCGAAGACCAGGGGCUGGCGCCAGACAGCCUUUACCGAGCCCUCGCACCCACAACUCGCGGAGACACGCAACAAGCAGCGGCGGAAGAAGAAGGGCAGAGCCAGUUAUGCUGAGGACCCGAAUGGCUGGGCGACAGAAGACGCCACGGAUAUUCAGGAAUUGGGCGAGUUUGAUUUUCAGAGCAAUCUUUCCAAGUUCGACAAAAGACGGGUUUUUGAGGAGAUUCGUAAUGACGACACUACCGCCGAUGAGGAACGCUUGGUCAGUUUCAACAGAAGACCGAAGCCCGGAACGAACGGUGGGAGAAACCUGCAUUGGACGGAAAACGUUCUCGACAGUCUUGAGGAGAGUGAGGAGGAGCUUACUGAUCACGUCCCGAGCGACGCGAAGCUUAGCAGCGGAACCUACUCAGGACGUGAGCGCACACUGUCUUCCAGGGCGCCACCGUCUCGCAAAGGCAGUGCUAUUCUCGGACAGCCAUUGGUCCCUGCACAGGUCAACUCGCUUGGUCGCAGUCAAUUGAGCACGUCUCGAACCACCAGCCCACGCCCGAAUAAAACUCACGUCUCAGCAUCGCCGAUAAGCGGCCCCGGUGUGCCUGGUGCCUCUCUGCGCCUCACGACUACCAACAGAAGCUGUCCAACCGUGAGUCCGCUCCAGACUCUUGAGGUUGAGCAGAUUGCGGUCGCGGAGCUCGGCCUCACCGAGGACAUGAUAACAGAAAACACUGGGCGAGGCAUUGCGGAAGCCGCCGUCGGCCUUCUGACUAGUGAUGCGGCCGCCCCCACAAUGCUUAUACUCACAGGCAAUCACCGGACUGGAGCACGGGCUAUAUCCGCUGCUCGCCAUCUGCGUAACAGGGGUCACCGUGUCACCGUCUGUAUGCUGGGAAUUGAGCACGAAAACGAGCUGUUAGAGAAUUGCCGCAAGCAACUCGACGUGUUCAAGAAGAUCGGCGGUCGAGUGCAUCGGUGGGAAGAUCUCUCAGCCCGACUGACAACCUCCGAGUUUGCUCCCGACUUGGUGGUCGAUGCACUGUUUGGUAUUCACAUUGCCUUUGAGGACCUUCGCACAGACGAUCAAGCAGUAGCCUUCGAAAUGAUUUCAUGGGCCAACAGGAGUAAUCUUGAAGUCUUGUCUGUGGACGUCCCCUCCGGUCUUUCUGCCAUUAGUGGCGAAGCGACGGUGGUGGAAGGCGGUCGAGUCUGCGUCAAUGCUAAGUCAGUGGUUUGCCUAGGCGCUCCAAAGACUGGUAUCGUCAACGCCUUGCUUUCGGGAGAAGGACUAUCAUGGAAUCUCUCGGUAGCAGACAUUGGAAUCCCUCAGAUUGUGUGGAGGAAAUAUGGCAGUCGACGACGCCACGGAAUUGACUUUGGCAACCGAUGGGUGGUGCCGCUACGCUACCAGCCACCUCCUAUCACGCAUUCAGAAUGGGCGUCGGAGGAUGCCUUCUCCGCCAGCGCCGGAGCGGGCGUCACGCGCGCGAAACGCGGCGGAGUCGAUAAUAGUUUCAAGCGCCUGCCCUUCAACUUCUGCUCGCUCUCCCUCCAACCGUACGCGCAUCCGGUGUGCACCCACGAGGGCACAAUUUUCGACCUGACCAACAUCCUCCCCUGGAUCAAGAAGCACGGCACGAACCCGGUGAAUGGGGCGCCCCUCAAGAACUCCGAUCUCAUCAAGCUCAACCUGGCCAAGAACGAGGCCGGCGAAUACGUCGAUCCCGUAACCUACAAGGUUUUCACCGACAACACACACAUCGUCGCGCUGCGGCCGACAGGGAAUGUCUUCGCGUGGGAUACGGUCGAGCGGCUGAAUAUAAAGGGCAAGCUGUGGAAGGAUUUGGUUACGGAUGAAGAGUUCACCCGGAAGGACAUCAUCACGCUGCAGGACCCGCAGAACAUCGAAUCGCGGAACCUCAGCUCGUUCAACUACAUCAAGGAAGGCGAGAGCGGGUUGACCGAGGAGCAGAUCCGGGAACGAGAGGACCCCGCUAACAAUGUCAAUGCCAACGCUCUGGGCAGUUCGGCCAAGAUCCUGAAAGCAAGGGAAGCAGUGGCCAAGGCCCGCUCGGAGAGGGCACAGCGCGCGGGCGUCGCUGGUGCGGCUGCUGCCUCUGUGUCCAAGACUGGGGCUGGACCUGGGUCUGUUGGUGCCUUGUCGCAGGCUAAGAAGCCGGUUGCUGGGAAAGCAACUCCCUAUAAUGCCGCACGGCAUACGACGGGGUUGGCUGCUGCCUCGUUCACGAGCACGGGGAUGACCCCGCACACGUCCGCCGACCUCGCACUGCUUUCGGACGAGGAAUACAUGCUGAAGAGGGGUCGCGUCAAGCACAAGGGCUAUGCGCGCAUCUCGACUACGUCUGGGGACAUCAACCUGGAACUGCACACGGAAUAUGCACCCAAAGCCGUGUGGAAUUUCAUCAAGCUCGCCAAGAAGGGUUACUACAGGGAUGUCACCUUCCAUCGCAAUAUCAAGGGCUUCAUGAUCCAAGGUGGUGAUCCAUCCGGGACUGGACGCGGAGGCGAGAGUAUCUGGGGCAAGUAUUUCAACGAUGAGUUCGAGGGGCCUCUGAAGCACGACUCUCGAGGCACGCUCAGCAUGGCCAACAAGGGCAAGAACACGAACAGCAGUCAAUUUUUCAUUGCCUAUCGCGCCCUGCCUCACCUGAACAACAAACACACCAUCUUCGGUCAUGUCAUCGACGACCCGACCCCAUCGUCCCCGACCUUGAACAAACUUGAGACACACCCCACCAACUCCACCACCAACCGACCCACCCCGGACAUCCGCAUCACCGAUGUGACCAUCUUCGUGGACCCCUUUGAGGAAUUCCUGAAGCAGAAGCAGGCGGAGGAGGCCAAGGCCAAGGGUCACAUCACCGAUCCGGCGGAGGAGGAACAGAAUGCACGCCGUGAGGACGACGAUCGUGUGACCUGGACAGGGAAAAGGGUUCGUGGUGCCGGAGGUGGUUCUGCAGAGGAGGGCUCGGCCGGUGUAGGGAAAUACCUCAAGGCCGCCCUGGCCGAACGGGCGGGCCAGGAGGAGGACGAGAUUGUGGAGUAUGUGGAUGAUGAGCCUGAGCCGGAACCGGUGCGGAAGAAGAUGAGAGGCGCUGGGGGAUUCGGAGAUUUCAGCUCAUGGGAUUGA